AUGCUUACUCAACUAAACCACGAUGUCCCUUUUAGUCUUAGUGCUGACAGACACUUACAAAAGAUGACUAGAAGAAACUACCGCCAAGGGGAAAUGCUAUCGUCAAUUGAGUCGCUAUACCCCAAGGCUUUCACUGACCGCUUGCCAAGAAACGACUCGGUCGUAAGGAAAGCCAGGGUUGCAUUGCUCAAGGCGGCAGGCAGUAACUUUCUCUACCUGCAAUUGCUGUUCCUUGGUCUUUUUUGCUAUAUACUGGGCUCCCUAUACCAGCAGACGAGCCAUACGCAUAAUCUUCGAAUCGUCUUUGUUGACUACGAUGGGGGUGCAAUCGGUCAGGCUGUGCGGGGUGCAUACUCAUCUCUUCGCGGAAAAGACUAUCCCUCUUUGACUGAAAGCCCAACCUCCGACUUCCCAACCAAAAAAGACCUACUAGAAGCGGUCUGCAAGACAAGGUACUGGGGAGCCGUCUUUGUCAGCAAGGGAGCUUCAAACCGGCUCCAAGAGGCAUUGGACGGGAAUGGCACAACCUUGGGGUACAACAAGUCGGAUGUAAUGGGGUAUAUAUGGAAUGAGGCUGUAUAUGCACCCAUUGUAGACUCCGCGAUCUCGACAAAUCUUCAGCUUCUAUCCGAAGUCGCCAGGGUGCAAUAUAGUACUGGGAAUGGAACAGGUAAUAUUCACUCUGUCUCCGGCAAGACCGCCCUGGCUGUCCUGGCUGAACCAUGGAAGCUCCAAUCUAUAAACAUUCAGCCAACAUCUCAAGGAUCAAGAGCAAUCUACAACACCGUGGUCAUCAUCAUGAUCAUGAUUGAAGAAUUCUGCUAUAUUGGUACGAUCAACGGCCUCUACGCACACUUCAAACUGUAUACCCGCGUCAAGGCGCGCCGCAUUAUCUUGGUCAGGCUUAUUCUUUCCCUCAUUUAUACGUUCGUUGGGUCACUCUGCGUUGUGGGUGCUAUCUGGGCUUUUAAAGCGGGCUGGGAUGUAAACGGCAAUCAGUUCGUCUUAUCCUGGGCUACCAUAUGGCUCUUUGCCCAUGUCAACUUUCUCACGCUUGACGUCUUUACCAUUUGGCUACCGCCUCCUUUUGUCCCCAUGGCCCUCGUCUCCUGGAUCAUAUUAAACGUCACCUCCUUGUUACUGCCAUUUGAGCUCAACCCGGCAUUCUACAGAGUUGGCUAUAUCUUCCCGGCUCAUGAAGUUUAUCAAGUGCUUACCCACAUCUGGUCGAGGGGCUGUAAUCCGCAGCUACGAUACGCCUUACCAGUUUUAUUUGGAUGGGAGAUAACCACUUUGUUGUUGAGUGCUCUCGGAGUCUACCGUAGAAGCCACUUUGCUAUGCUUGGAGAAGAGCAGCAGGAAAAGGAUUUUAAGGAGAGGCUUGAUGCCGCUGUGGCGUUUGAGAUGGCAAAGAUAAAGCAGGCAACAGAGAGGCAUGAAGAACUCCCCAAAGAAAAGACAGUAUCGGCACGGCAGGAGAUGCAUUCUGAUGCACAUGACUCCCAAGGGGUAGGUGAGGAGGAAACAGUUCGAGAGGAGCUCGCUGAGGUUCUAGAGUCGGUCGAAACAAGACAAAAACGUGAAAGGGAGACGGAAAAUCUGAGCAAUGUUUGCAGCUUUGGACCAACAUUCGAAUUGCCGUUUAAAUAUGAGAGUGGAAUUGAAGGGGUGAGACGUAAAGUUAGCUCCGCAGGUUACAUUAAUGGAACAAACCAGCCAGUAAGAAGCGUUAUGACUCACUUAUGA